GUACAGUCGCGCACGCGCGCUCACUUGGCGCCAAUUUCGCGUUACUGCGAGGAGAGAAGCCUGGGAGUUUGUGAGAGGAGGUGGAGAAGACGAGCUGGCGGCGGCGGCUUUUCCUCCUCUUCUUCCUUCCUCCUCCCGAGCCGCGACGCCUCCCCCCGCCUGGGAACGGAGCCACCAUGAUCGGACAGAAGACGCUGCUCUCUUUUUUCACGGCGGUGCCCGCCAAGAAACGGAGCCGCUCGCCGGAGCCCGGCGGGAACCCGGAGGCCGGCUCCCCCAAGAGGCCGAAGACCGGGGCUUCUUCCCCGCCGCUGACCCCGGAGCAGCUCGAGCGGAUCUGCAGGAACAAAGAGGCGGCGCUGCAGAGACUCGCCGCCCGGAGCAGCAGCAGCAGCCUCGUCCCCGCCGAGAUCGGGCAGAGCUGGAGGGCCGCGCUGGCCGGGGAGUGCUCCAAGCCCUACUUCGCCCAGCUCAUGGCCUUUGUUGCUCAGGAGCGCAAGCAUCACACAGUGUACCCCCCUCCUCAUCAAGUCUUCACUUGGACCCAGAUGUGUGAUAUCCGUGAUGUGAAAGUAGUCAUCCUGGGCCAAGACCCAUAUCACGGCCCUCGUCAGGCCCACGGACUCUGCUUCAGUGUCCAGAGACCAGUCCCACCUCCACCCAGCCUGGAGAAUAUUUACAAAGAGCUUGCUACAGACAUAGAAGGCUUUUCUCAUCCUGGCCACGGAGACCUGACUGGGUGGGCCCAACAAGGCGUGCUCCUGCUCAACGCGGUCCUGACUGUCCGAGCGCACCAAGCUGCUUCCCACAAGGAGAAGGGCUGGGAGCAGUUCACGGACGCGGUGGUGUCCUGGCUGAACAGGCACUUGGAUGGCCUGGUCUUCAUGCUGUGGGGAGCCUAUGCUCAGAAGAAGGGCAGCGCGAUCGACAGGAAACGCCACCAUGUCCUACAGGCGGUUCACCCGUCGCCCCUCUCUGUGCACCGGGGUUUCUUCGGAUGCAAGCAUUUCUCCAGAACGAAUGAGCUGCUGGCAAAAUCUGGAAAGAAGCCCAUUGACUGGCGAGCCCUCUGAGCGACUGACGUGGUCCUUGAGACUGCUGCAGCCUAAAAGAUUGUGUGUAUUGAGAGAGAGUCAUUUGAAGAGCACAGAUGCUUCUUGAGAAUUAUUAUUCUUUGGAUUUAUUUUCAGUGAAUGGGCAGAUCAAAACGGUGGUCUUCAGACCACCACUUACUCUGGAGUAAGGUUUUUUUUAAAGCCAAGAGGAUUCAUUCCCAGGAAUGUGUUUGAGGCUUGAAGAAAUUGGUGCCCUCUCAUAUAUAUUUCUCCUUUGCAGGGGCAUUUUGGGACAAAUGUGGAUUGAUUGGCUCAGAUUAUUGUAACUUUCUGGUUCUAAUUCUCAAGCCAAUACGAAGACCGAGAGUCUGGUCUGUGCUCUGUGAAUGCAGUACUUUUUGAAAGCUCCUUAUUUUGUUACUUCUCCAUUCCUUAAGAAAAUGGAAGCACCUUUGCCUUCUGAACAGCAAAAAAGCUACUUUUCAUUUUGGCCCCUGCUCAGGAAUUCUUUCCCUGGUUGUUAUACUGGUGUUUGUGUCUUGUUGAGUCUUUCAAGCUGGUCUUUUUAUCAGCUUCAGAUAAAGCUUCCGUCGUUGCUGUGCCCUACCAAGUCUUUACACGAAAGUGUUUCCUGAGGUGUAGAAGAACUGGAUCAACUGUAGUGUUGCCCAAGGAUUUCAUGUGACACUUGAGGAUCCCAAAAUGUUUCUGGCCCUGGUACUUGGCAACCUCUGUAGUGCUGGCAAUUUCAGGUGAUACUCUUAAACAUGCCUCGUUGGGAAUCAAUGGUUCUGAGUUUCCAGUCAUUUUUUGUAUGCAGUUGCAUAAUAACUUCUCACCUGGUAUAUUUUGGAUACCAAAUUAAGCCUUCCCUCCUCUAUAUCUGUAACACUAAUAUUGAUGUUUUGUUCAUUGCUUUGUACUUUUUUAAAAAAUAAAACAUCGUUUUGAUA